GCGAUGAGCUCCACGCCGCUAGAGGGAAACGUGGGGCGUUAUUUGGACUGGAAAUACGUCAUAAGUUAUGACAACACGGAAGUGGAGCCGAGACGAGGGUUCAGCAAGAGACGGCCAUGAAAACAGUAUUUGUAACUGUUGGGACAACAAGUUUCGAUGAGCUCAUUGAAAUCAUUAUAUCCUCCGAGGCUGUUCAAGCUUUGAAAGCUCGUGGAUAUGAACGUUUGGUUCUACAGGUUGGGCGAGGCUGUCUUCUCCCAACUGUAGAGAGUUGCCCAGAUCUUGAAAUAGAGGCUUUUCGAUUCAAAGACUCCAUAGCAAAGGACAUCAGUCGUGCUGACCUUGUCAUCAGCCAUGCAGGAGCAGGUAGUUGUUUAGAAGUGCUUGGUGCUGGAAGGCCUCUGCUGGUUGUGGUUAAUGACAAGCUGAUGGACAACCACCAGCUUGAGUUAGCCAGACAGCUACAAAUGGACUCCAACUUGCUGUACUGCACCUGCAGCACCCUCACAAAGACACUGAGGACUAUGGAUCUCUCUGUUCUGCAGCCCUUCUUGCCUGGACAGCCAAAGAAGUUUGCCAACUUUCUAGACAAGGCCCUUGGUGUUCGAUGACUCUUUCUGCUUAAAAGAACUAUGCGUAUUCAACAGCCUCUAUUAUUGAAUUAAUGGUCAUAUUAAGUCAAAGUCUAAUAAACUAAACUAAAUAAAAUGAAUUUGAGAAAAUCACAUUUUCAAAGAUUUACAUUUUAUUGAUUUCAAUUUUAUUUUUGAAGGAUGAUAUUUAUCUGUAUUUUGUAAGUAUUGAUAGUAGUAAUGCAUUACUGUGACUUAGACAUACUGGUUUAUUCCAGUCUUGUAUGAAAUGUUUUUAUGAUGGCUUCAAAUCAUCAGUGUGUGAUGUUUUCAAGUUAUUUAUUAUAUAGUGUAUCGUCUUUUUUUCAUACUCUGGUUCUGUUUUAAAGUGAGUUAUAAAGA